AGACUUAAAUUAUUUUUUUUAAUAUUUUCUUUACGGAUUCAAUUUGUUUUCCGGGCAACGAUCAAUGGCAGAGCAACGGGACUGUAUUUGGGCCCUUAUGAAAAGAUGCUGCCGAUUCACUAAAAAGGGGGAGGAGAAAAAGUCCUUCGAGAAGCUGUGCCAGCUGUUCUGCCAUCCCACCAAGAAGACAUAUCCCCUGCUGGCGUACCACAGCUAUAUGAUCCGAAAUAGUUAUCCGGGGCCGCUGGUGACCUACGACAGGAUGGCUCGCUGCGAGAUGCGUCUUAUGACCUUCUCGGAUCUGACCGACAGCUACCUGACUUUGGUGUUCGAUAAGCUUGCUGAGCAAGAGCGGCAAGAGAAGAAAAGAAUCGGGUUGCAGAGGAAGAAGGGAAAAAGUUGUGCAGUGAAAAAGGAGAGCAAGUGCCGCAAAAAAAGAUAUCAUAAGUGUACGCAAAAGCCGAAAAAGAGGGAAAGCUGCCCGACGAAAAAGAAGAGCAGUGCAGAGAAGAAGGCCAAUCUACGGGCGAUGAUCAGGAGUGAAAUUCGCGCCGAGAGGCUGUACGAGAUGGAGCUAGGUAGGUGCCCUAAGGACGGGAAGCCUUGGCUGAGCCUCAUGCCCAGACGGAAGCUGCCCCACCACUGCAGAGGGCACACCGGAGAGAGGCUGCGGGCCACCGCCUACUCCAACUUCCAGCAGAGCUUCGGGAGCCGUUUCAGGCAAAUGCACCCGCGAGCCUGCCGCAAACGAGUGCGUGCCGAGACGCGUACCAGGUGGGACGCCCUGAAAUGCGACCAGCGAGUGCGCUUCGUCAUGAUGGCCCUCUUCUACCAUGUGAGCACUGGAGCCCUGGAUCCCCUCGAUAAGUGCGCUGUCGGGGCGAUGUACAGAAAGCUGAAGGGCACGGAUUAGCAUGAGCAUCUCGCCAUUACCCAUUACCCAUCUCUCCAUCAUCCAUUUCCCAUUUUGCAUUUCAAUUUUCGAUUUUCGAUUUCGAUUUCCAAAUUUGCACAUGGCCCAUGGUCGGCUCCGUUGACAUGGCCUUGGGGUUGGAGGCACUUGAUUAACAAUUAGCGAUUCACGAUUCAUGAUUCGCAAUUCGCGGGAAGACAGCCAAGGUCGUCGUUCCCCACCCCAGCCCAUUGGGUCUCCCGAUCGAAUCAAUUUUCGAUGCGCCUAAAUUAGCCAUACAAAUCUGUUGUACAAAUAAAACAAAAAGCAAACGAGCAGCGAGCAGAGCAGAGAAAGUUUUUCAAAUGUAAUUUCGGUUCGCUGGCAAAUAAAUAAAAUAAAAUUGUGGCAAA